UGAAAUUGAAUAAUUAGGAUAAAAUGUACACAAUUAAGCUCUUUCUCAUUCUUGUUCCUCUAGUUAUUUCUUCCAGGAUUGAUCAAGACAAUUCAUCACUUGAUUCUCCAUCUCCAGAGCCAAAAUCAAGAUUUGCUAUGUUAGAUGAUAUAAAAAUUUUAGCCAAUGGUCUCCUUCAGUUGGGACAUGGUCUUAAAGACUUUGUCCAUAAGACUAAGGGCCAAAUUAAUGACAUAUUUCAAAAACUCAAUAUAUUUGAUCAGUCUUUUUAUGACCUAUCAAUGCAAACUAAUGAAAUUAAAGAAGAAGAAAAAGAACUGAGAAGAACUACAUCCAAACUACAAGUCAAAAAUGCAGAGGUGAAGAACAUGUCACUUGAACUCAACUCAAAACUUGAAAGCCUCUUAGAAGAAAAAAUUCUACUUCAGCAAAAAGUGAGAUACUUGGAGGAACAAUUAGCUAAUUUAAUUCAAAAUCAACCUGACAUUCAGGAUCACCCAGAAGUAACAUCACUUAAAGCUUUUAUAGAACAGCAAGAUAACAGCAUUAAAGAUCUUCUCCAGACAGUGGAAGAACAAUAUAAACAAUUAAACCAACAGCAAAGUCAAAUAAAGGAAAUAGAAAAUCAGCUCAGAAGGACUGGUAUUCAAGAACUCACAGAAAAUUCUCUUUCUUCCAAACAAAGAGCACCACGAACUACCCCCCCACUUCAACUGAAUGAAACAAAAAAUGUAGAAGAAGACGGAAGUGCUGCUGACUGUUCUGCCAUUUAUAACAGAAGGGAACACAGAAGUGGCACAUAUGCCAUCAGACCCAGCAACUCUCAAGUGUUUCAGGUCUACUGUGAUGUUAAGUCAGGUAGUUCAUGGACACUAAUUCAACACCGAACAGAUGGAUCACAAAAUUUCAAUGAAACAUGGGAGAAGUACAGACAUGGCUUUGGAAAGCUUGAUGGAGAAUUUUGGCUGGGCCUAGAAAAGAUAUAUUCCAUAGUAAAGCAAUCUAAUUACAUUUUACGAAUUGAACUAGAAGACUGGAAAGACAACAAGUAUUAUGUUGAAUAUUCUUUUCACUUGGGAAAUCAUGAAACCAACUACAGGCUACACCUGGCAGAGAUGACUGGCAAUGGCCCAAAGGCGUUCCCAGAACACCAAGACUUGGAAUUUUCCACAUGGGGUCACAAAGCAGAACGACACCUCCUCUGUUCAGAAAGUUAUUCAGGAGGAUGGUGGUGGCAUGAUGUAUGUGAUGAAAACAACCUAAAUGGCAAAUAUAACAAACCAAGAGCAAAAUCUAAGACAGAGAAAAGAAGAGGAAUAUGCUGGAGGUCUCAAAAUGGAAAGUUAUACUCUAUCAAAUCAACCAAAAUGCUGAUUCAUCCAAAAAAUUUAAAAAGCUUUGAAUGAGCUGAGGUGAAUUCAAAGACAAUAAAUUAAAUAUU